AUGAGGCAGUCUGGAAGCGGCGCUGCAUUAGCGCCGUGCCCUCAAGCGUGCGCGCCUUUGGCGCCACCGUUCCUGCCCCCUUUGCUUCGCGUUCCAACGCCUGAACUCAUCUUUCUUCAGGGCUGCUCUCUCGAGAACGAAGACGCCUUUUCUACUCCAACGGCCACAAGCCAAACAGCCGCGGUAGCAGCUGAGCUUCUUCGCUCGUGGCAAGCGCUCUGCGCAGCCACGCCCCAGCCACGUCGAGGCAUGUCAAAGAACACAAACGAGACACAUCCAUCUGCCUCUCGCGAACGCUGCGCGACGGACUCUCCAGCUUCAAGCCUUCCUCCAGCAGCCGCGAGGGGAUACGGAGGUGGAAGGAACCCCGAGGAGCGAGGAGACGCGCGCGGCGGCCCUGUAGAGGCUGACGCGCAACCCCCGCAGGGAGAUGUAGCUGCGGCAGAAGGCGGAGGCGCGAAGGGAGGAUCGAGUGCGAGCGAAGAGAAGAUGACCGUCGCGCGACUCUCUCACUCCGUCGCGCGAUGCUCAGCCUUUUUCCUUUCGCGGCGAUGCACGCCGCGACGGAGAGACGACGUGGACUCGCGAGGGCGCUCUAAUGCAGAUCUCGCCAAUUUGCCGAUUCUUUGCGCUGCCCGUCUCGUCAUUCCGUCUUCAGAGAAGACCCACCUACGAGUCGACGGCGCGCGCCACGAGUCAGCUGCCUCUCAGACUCUGCCGUCGCCGUCUCCGACCGGGGCCUCGGCGUCUCCACCGGCCUCCUGUCCCACUCGGACCGCGGCGCCGAAUCCCUCGGCGCCGAAUCUCUUGGCGUUCUCGGCGAGCGCUUCAGGAUUCGUGCUCGACGUGCUCCACUGCCGACUCGACGCCUUGUUCGCGACGGCGGACGCGACUGCGAUGGCCUCUGCGGACGCAGUCAAUAAACCUCUCAAGGAGGCGAACACGGCGUCGGCGGCGUGCGCCGCGGCUCGGCGCGGAGGAGACCCUGUGACGCCCAAGCAGUACCGGCUCGAGCGCCGGUACUGCUUGGGCGCCUCUCUGCUGUCUCGAGCGCUCGCGAACUGUUUUUACCGUCCGCUGCGCAUGCAGGGCCUUCGGCUCAGACGCCAGACAGCUCCGCAGGGCGGGGGCUGCGGGGGCUGCGGCGGCUGGGCGGGCGAGGCGCAGGCGGCGGGGCGGCCAGGGGGACGCGGACGAGGCGACGCCGCGCCGCCCGAGGCACCCGCGUCCCUCGCGCUGGGCGACGAGGCGCCGAGCCUCGAAGAACAGACUCAGGCCGCCGCCUGGCGGCGCCCCCACGGGGACCGGGAGGGCGGUGGCACGGUGGCAGGCGAGCCGCGCUUCUGCUACUACGUGCGCGGCCUGCACAACCUGCGCCUGCCUCAGUGGCGGCAGGCUACGGCGGUGCUGGGCUCAGCUCUCGCACACGCAGCGGAAACCGCGGCGAACUGGGGCGGCGUCCGCGACGUGCGAGGCGGGCUGAGAAGCGGAGACGGGGUCUGCCGCCGACAGGCCGCGUGCCACCGCUGCGGCGAGGGAGACGAGGAAGCGAGGCGCGCACUCGGAGGAGAGGCAGAGAAGGAAGACGCAACCGGAGAACGGGAGGACGCGCACCGAGGCAGGGUGGACGAGGCUACCGGCGGCGCAGAAGACGUCAGUGAAGCGCAGCGAGGCGCACACGAGGCGAAAAGCCCGGAGAGCAGAGCCACAGCAGACAGCUUGCGGUUUUUACUGGUGCUCGAGUGGGCGGCGGCAGACGAAAGGGCGCGGCUGGGCGACAGAGACAACCGCAGACUGCCGCGGCCCAUGGGGAGACACGCUAGGCAACGGAUGAAACUGCUGGAGGAGGUCGAGACUUGGGCGCGCUCGGCAAACGCGGCCUUCCAUCCUACUGUUAUCGUCAGCCUCGUUUUUGAAGUCGGGGCUUCGAGGGACUCGACCGCAGAGGACUCCAGAAAACGUGAAGAUGGAGUUUUGGCUGCGAGUGCCGACGCGGUGCUCGAAGGCGAAGGCGACAACGCCCCCUACCGCGAGCCGAACAUACCGGGAAGCCCAGAGAAAGGCGAUUCGCUUCUCGUGCGGCUGCCGCGCGGGAGUGACGCGGGGGUCUCACGGCAGACGAUGUUAUUCGUGUGCGGCCGCGACUUCUUGCCUUGCCCUCCUGCCACUCACGCGGCGCCAACCAUCACCUCGGCAUCUGCUGCCUCGCCGAGCGUCGGCCUUCUGGGGGGUCCGCUGCGGGACUUCGCACAGCAGGUUGAAGAGCUCGUCUACCUCCCUCUUCUGCUGCGGUCGCGGCUCGCGUCCCCUCCCGCCUCGGGCGACGCGACCGAAAAGUCCCUCGCUCCUGUUCCAGCACAGGAACAGGAGCUCCUGCGAGAGUGCGAGGCGCUGCUUCGCGACACCCGCGGCUUCCUGCCUCCUCCACCUCGCCUUCUGCUGCACAGCUGCGGCCGCUCGAGGCGAGCGAACCCGCUGGUCGGCGCUACCGCCGAGGCACGCAUCGGAGCAGCUUCGCCUGGGUCGAGCCUUCGUCAUCCCUCGGCGCCGGGACACCAAGCGCCAGCUGCCUCGUCGCACGCGUCUCCGGUCGGCGCGCCGCUCGCGUGCCCAAAGGCGGCGGGUGCGAGCCCGCACCUGUCGCCUCAGGCGCUGCUGCAGCUGGUCGCCGAGAAGUACGCGGCGUCCAUCCAGACCUUCCUGAUUCCUGUGAGCGCCGUCGCGUCGCCCUACGUCGGGCAAACGGAGGAGAAGCUCCGCAGGCUUCUUCAGACUGCCGCGCGCGCGUCGCCCUCCGUCUUGGUGCUUCUCGGCAUCGACCAGUUGGCGCGGAAACGCGGGCGCAAAGAGCCCAAGGCCGCCCCCGGCGCGGGGGCGGGCAGCGACGGCGAGGGCGCGCGAGGCGGCGUCUCUCUUCUAAAGGGACAUGCGGCGGCAGACGGGCUCAGGACGGGGGGCGCGGGGGGUCGCGCAGACGGCGGCGGAGGGACGCGCGGCUCCAAAGAGAGCCUCAGGGACGACGGAGGCCGAGAGUCUCCAGCUGUGUCCGCGUCGGGCGAGCAGAGACGCGCCAGAGGGGGCGGAGGAGAUCGCGGCGGCGGCGGGAGAUCGAGUGCGUUUCAGAGGAGACUGCUCGCGUCCCUGUUGGUCUCCCUCGACGAGAUCGAAGACGCGCGGAGACGCCAGGAACAGCGCGCGCGAGACGAGGACGAGGGCGAGGACGCCGCAGGGGACUGGGGGCGCGGCCGCGGAGGCGCAACGUGCGCUGAGCCUGCGAGGGUUCAUGCCGCGGGCUGGCUGGAGCUCAGGGACAGGCCAGCGCAGAGCCACGCCAGCAGAGGGCGAGCGGACACCCACGCAGGAAUGGCAAUCAUCGGCGUCGCCGCGGGGCCGCCAUGUGCCCUCGAUGAAGCGAUCGUGCGAGCGGGGAGACUCGACAACUGGCUGGCAUGGCCGGCGUGA